AUGAACAGAGACACCGAUGAACACGAUAAACGUAUAGACAACAUUUUAAAGAGCUGGUCAAUGUCCAGAGAACAUAUUGCUAAGGACGGAGAUUGUUGUUUUAGAGCAGUGGCAAGGAACGUUUCCAAAUUAACAGAAACAGGAGGAUUAAGUUCUCAAGCGUAUGAGCAUAUGGCUAAUCUUGGUCUUGUUAAUUUAGACGAGGAAAGCUUGAGCGACAGUUUAAGGGUGCUGACCGUUUCAGAGUGGUCAGGAGAGAACAGGCCACACUACGAAAGCUUCCUGACAACUGACAACUUUGACGAGGAAGUUAAGCGGUUUACCCACAAGGGGUAUUUUACUGGUGAGCUAAGAAAUCUCAUGGUCUUAGCAAUGGCCAACGUUCUAAAAAUGCCCAUUGUAAUUUUUUCAUCGUUGGAAAACUAUCCCACUAUACCAAUUCUGCCGCGUGGACAACUCAAUGACAUGCCUACGUUGUUUGUCUCAUUUAAUGCCGCUGGUUGUGGGCACUACGAUUACGUCCAUACGGAGACUGUGCGAAUGGUGUUAGAAAAACAACAAGAAGAACAAGCAACCGAAAAGAAACGACCCCAAGUUUCCUGUUCUUGUGGUGCCAGUAGGAAAGGUCAAGAGAAAGUGUCGAAUGUUUGCAACAACGUCAUUGGCUCAUACUCUAGCAGGUGUAAGUGUCUUAAGGCUCGAGUUAGUUGCGAUGGAAAUUGCAAAUGCAAAGGAUGUUCAAAUCCAUUUGGGCAAAGUCAAGCUGGUAAUGCCGAGGGGGAGUGCGCUCCACGGAAACGACGAAAGUUUGAUAUUCAAAACUCGAUCAAACUUAAGUCAAAAGCAUAUCUUAAUGAAAAAGGAGAACCGCUACGAGAGGGAGCUUUGACGAAGGAGGAGUUCUUUGUAGUAGAAGAACUUUUCAAACUGUUCCAUGAAAACAGGGAAGAAAUGAGUAGUACAUCAUUACUGGCCUACUACAAUUUUAUACACUCUACCAAUUGCACCCUUGAUCCUCGGCCUUUACUGCUUAGACCUAUGUCACAUGAACAGAUCAAGAAAGCCAUAGCGGCUCACGAUCACGACGCAUCCGUUAUGACAGCCUUGUUUAAAAAACAAGUAGAACUGUGCUUUGCGGAGUCAUAAACCUAAUCAACAUGAAAUAGACGAAGCCAAUCACUAUCUGGCAUCCAAAACUUCCUUUUAGUUUUGUUAGACUGAUUGUUCUGAUUAUUAUCUCCAUUUAGGACCAGGCGAACGUUUUUGGUGAAAGCCAGAGCAUUCCACCGAGCUUUUUGGGGAGAAGCAUAUUAUUUUGAAGAACUGCGUGGUUGUGGCUUGUUUUGACGUGACAACAGAGUGACAUGCGCUAACGGACUGUCAUAAUAAAAAUGCAAAAUGUUUGAAACACAUAUAACCGUAAAAAUGCCUAACCAUGUUAAAUGUACAUAUUCAAUUAAGGCCGAAGCAAUUUUUUUUUUCCUUCGACCUCAAGUUUUCUUAAGACAAAAAUCUUGAAAGAAGAACUAUCAUUGACCAAAGGAAAGUUUUAAAAAUAAGAUUUGCUUGAUAAGAAAAUUCUUUAUAUGGGUUUCUUGAAUUUCACACACUUCCAGAAUGUACUCAGUCUCAUUGAACACACAAGCCUUACUUACCGAGCUAUUGACCAAGAUUUAUGGCUUGUCAAAGUUUUAAUUCAAGACCUCGGUGGGCGUAAAAAAUGCUUUGUGCAGCAACCUUUGAUUUAA